UGGUUUAUGUGCAAUUCAUAUCAAUUCGAUCUAUCGACAGGAACUCUUGAAAUCAAUUGGAAAUCAUAAAACCUCCAUCUUGGGGAAAAAGGGACGAUACCUUAUCGCAUUUGCUAGAUCUAUAAAAGGUUCAUCAUCUGCCAUUUAUUGCCUGGAAUUCCUGUUCGAUCCAAUUCUCUCUUCUUUCUUUCAAAGCCCUUAGACCGCCCCAGAUUUGACGCGGCUACGAAACCCCUCACAAAAAAGUUAAUCCCGCAUUUCAAUUCAAACCUUACAACAAAAAUCUCAAUCAUCAUUACCAUCAUCACCAUAUCGCAACUACCUCAAACUUCUUGCCAUAUAUCAGAAGAUAUGGUUCGUAAUCUGGUUGUUCUCGGAGGAAACUCCCAUCCUCAGAUAACAGAGAUCAUCUGUAAUACGCUCGGUGUUCCACCCUGCAACAGAAUUCUUAAGAAAUUUUCCGUUGGUGAGAGUCGUCUCGAGAUCCAAGACUCAGUUCGAGGCAAAGAUGUUUAUAUCAUUCAAUCGGGCGGAGGAAAGGCCAAUGAUCAUUUCAUAGAUCUUUGCAUUAUGAUUUCCGCAUGCAAAACUGGAUCUGCCAAGCGUGUCACCGUCGUCCUUCCUUUGUUUCCUUACUCAAGACAGCCCGAUCUUCCAUACAAUAAGAUUGGCGCACCACUUGCCAAGGGGCCCGCCGACGUUAAGGGCAACUUUACUUUCGAAAGUCGACCAGCAACACCGGGUCCUUCCUCCCCUCAAACACCAGGCCUCAGCAAUGGCACUAAUGGUAUGGAAAAAUUACAGAAGAAGCUUGGAAAAGCAUCUCUCGAGCAGAUUAAUACCCAAACUUCAAAUGGAAUAACACCCAGACGACAAGAUACUACGGAUUCCAUUGCUUCUCUGACCAAUGGACGCUUGGCUGACGGAGCAUCAACUCCCGUGUCAACUCCACAUUUCACCACUCACGAUUACGAGAACCCUGGUUUUGUCAAUGGUCAAAGCAAAACUCUUUUCCAAGGCAAGCCAGGAUACAAACAGUGGGUAGCGCAAGCUGGCACACUCGUCGCAGACCUUUUGACUUGCUCUGGUGCCGAUCAGGUAAUCACUAUGGAUCUCCACGAUCCCCAAUACCAAGGAUUCUUUGACAUUCCAGUGGAUAAUCUGUAUGGCAAGCCUCUCUUGAAGAGAUACAUCCAGCAAAACAUUCCGAACUUUCAGGAUGCUAUCGUCGUAAGUCCUGACGCUGGUGGAGCAAAAAGAGCAACUGCGAUUGCCGAUGGACUCAAUAUGGAGUUUGCAUUGAUUCAUAAGGAACGUCGACCUACCCGAAUUACCGAUCGCCAAAAUGCUACAAUGAUGCUUGUGGGCAAUGUUCGUGAUAAAGUUGCUAUACUCGUCGACGAUUUGGCCGAUACAUCGAACACCAUUACAAGAGCUGCCAAAUUGCUUAAGAAAGAGGGUGCCACUUACGUUUACGCUUUGAUAACCCAUGGAGUUUUCAGUGGUGAUGCUAUUGAGCGUAUCAAUGCAUCUGCACUGGACAAAAUUAUCGUGACCAAUAGUGUUCCACAAGAUGAACAUCAACGUCUCUGCUCUAAGUUAGAGGUCUUGGAAGUUGGCCCGGUCUUCGCCGAGGCAAUUCGUCGUGUUCACCAUGGAGAGAGCAUUUCUGUAUUGUUUAAUUAUGAUUAGACUGAAGAUUGGCUAUUUUCCGUUAGGGGCACUGCAUUCAGGAGUUCGGGCAUUGGAGGGGAGUACAUUGGUAGAGUACUCGCUUGGCGCAUUGCAAACCAUGGCUCAUAUACAAUUGCUAUACCCCUAAACCGCACUGCGGGCUAUUCAAAGUUUUCCAUUCUUGUUCAUAUGGCACGGAAGAAAAUUAGAUAUAUACAAACACUCGAUCUUUGGUAGAUUUCCAUUGAACGUCUUGACGAACCAAGUGCUGGGUUAGGCGUCUAGAGUUGCAUAUAAAUUAAAAGCAUAGAACUGAACAUAGAAAUGGUUAAAUGGGAACGUAAUCUCAAAGAACAUUUAUUGGUCU